GCGAUCGAAGACGGCAUACAAGGUCGUGCACAAAUUCUACUCUCGUUUCUCGCCGCACGUUAGCCGUUUAUUCGCGUAUGUUUUGUGAGUUAUUAGUGUGCUUUUUAGCUUCAUUCCUCUGCAAGUGCAUUUCUGCAGACUUAAUUUCUUGCAAUAAAAAUACAAAAUGGAUCCGGACGAGCCCAAGAAGAAGCGUUUGAAGAAGCUCAUGAAGACUUCGUUGUCACACAUAUUUGACAUCAGAAAAGACCAGUGGAACACUGAUAAAUAUGCAGUUUGUAAAUUGUGCGAGGAUCACCGAGCUAUUAAAAUGACAAACUCAAAUACGACUGGACUUCACAGACAUUUAAAGUCGUUUCAUGAGAAAAUUUACCAAGGAAUACUCGCUGAAUGUGAGGAAGAGAUUGAUCCACUUUCAUUGGACGAUUUAUUGGAACGAAGAAGAAAGGUUAAAACAACGUCGAAGGCCAUGCUUAUGAAUAUUUUUGAAUUUAGAAGAAAUGAAUCUACUAAUGAGAAGUACGCAGUUUGCAAAUUAUGCCCAGAUCAUCGGGUUAUCAAGAUGGCUAACUCUAAUACAACAGGAAUACACAGACAUGUUAUCAGAUUUCACGAACAGUUUUGCGACGGAUUACAGGAUGAAUCUUAUGGCUCGUCUUAUGAAGAGAUGUCGGAUUUCCCGGCGGAUGGGGGCGAAAAUGGGGAUAUGCAUGCCGUAAUGGAGAAUUUCCAAAAGAAUAAAAACUUGGUGGGAGGAAGGUCACACGUAACUCAUUCACAUCAUCCGGUCACAACAUCACAGAUGCUGACAAAUCAGAGCCAGACCAGUAGUACAAGCACCACCACCAGCAGCUCGAGUAGGUUGGCCCAGAGGAUCCUAACCUCCUCGAAAGAGGUGAAAACAAACUCCAUGAAGAGCAAUCUCACCGAACUAAAAAGGGGAAUCACCGAAAUGAAGAACAUGUCUACCAACUUUUCCCUUUCGGCCAACAGGCUGCGAAGCAGUAUGGAAAACCUUGUAGACAGGGAUACAUCUGGGGCCGAAGAAGGCGACCUCACAGAACCUCUCGUCACAUUUCCAGACCCUGACACCCCACCACCUGUCUCGGGAACUGUUUCGUUGACAGGCUCACCCUCACAACUGACCUCCCUAAAUAAUCUUCACAACAUGAGUCCACCAUUAAGCAUCAAUAAUAUGUCCAGUCUACCACCUGGUCAAGAAACUAUGAAGUUUGAACAGAAAAAAAUGACCAGUGCUUCCAAAACAAAGGUCGUCACAGAUGGUUUUAGUGCGGAAAAAGCGAUCGCGAAUAGCGCAGAAAUGAGAGCAGUACAAGCUGGGGAUGUAUCUUACAAAGAACAAAGUGCAGCCAGUGCUGCAAGGGCACGUGUAGAAAUUGAUGGAGUUUCCGCAGAAAAAAGUGUGGCCGCCGCGAGGGAGCAAAGGAGUUUAAAGGCUGGUGAUCUCUCUCAUCAGGAAAGUAACAACAUGGCAGCAUCCACCAUGAAACUGCAAAGCGAUUCCUUCAGUUCAGAAAAGAAAGCCAUGGCUGCUCAACAGCAACGCCAGACCGUAACCUCCACCGGAAUCUUCAAUCACGAAAAACAUAUGGCAGCAAGUUCCCAAUCAAGUAUAACAAUAAACUCCAAGAAUCACUCAUCGAAAUCCUCCAUGAUCAGUGCCGCGAGUGCAGUAAAUCAAAUCAUGAACGGCAUGAGGCCCAACGAUGACGAACUCCUAUCCCUUCCCUUGGAUGACCUCGACCUCCUCUGUUCCAACUCCAACCCCCAGGAUGUAGACCAUGCUAUCAAAAAAUAUUCCAGGUUCCUAGACAGCUUCGUCGAACGGUUGAAAGCCAACGAAGUGAGUAAAAGUGGAAAAGCCCCCUUGCUCUUAAAUCGCGUCAAUGAAAUUAUCAGAAAAGCCUGGGCAGUUCCCACUCAUGGCCACGAAUUAGGCUACACCCUCUGUAACACUCUCAGAACAGGAGGUGGACUCGACAUGUUGAUGUCGAAUUGUGUCGCAAGUGACGAAGCUCUACAAUUUUCCUCAGCUCAGUUAUUAGAACAGUGUCUCACAACCGAAAAUCGAGCUCAUGUUGUUCAAAAUGGUCUCGAAAAAGUGGUGAAUGUAGCCUGUGUUUGUACAAAAAAUGCAAACUCUGUGGACCACUCCAGAGUUGGAACAGGAAUCCUCGAACAUCUUUUCAAACACAGCGAAGGAACUUGUAGCGACGUGGUUAGACUCGGAGGUCUGGAUGCUGUGCUCUUUGAGUGCAGGAAAAAUGAUGUGGAAACCCUGAGGCAUUGUGCAGGAGCAUUGGCAAACUUGUCGCUUUAUGGUGGAGCUGAGAAUCAAGAAGCGAUGAUUAAGAGGAAGGUUCCGAUGUGGCUCUUCCCGCUAGCUUUUCACUAUGACGACAAUAUUAAGUAUUACGCCUGCCUUGCCAUCGCUGUCCUGGUGGCCAACAAGGAAAUCGAGGCAGCUGUCUUAUCAUCCGGAACUCUCGAUCUGGUCGAGCCUUUUGUCACGUCCCACAAUCCCUACGAAUUCGCCAAAUCGAAUCUGGCUCACGCUCAUGGUCAAAGUAAAAACUGGCUCCAGCGUUUAGUCCCUGUUUUGAGUUCGAAACGGGAGGAGGCUAGGAAUCUCGCAGCUUUCCACUUCUGCAUGGAGGCUGGAAUAAAGAAACAGCAAGGAAACACUGAGAUCUUCAGAGCGAUCGGUGCAAUCGAACCUUUAAAGAAGGUCGCGAGUUGUCCGAAUGCGAUUGCUUCGAAAUAUGCUGCACAAGCCUUAAGGUUGAUUGGCGAGGAAGUUCCUCACAAGUUGAGCCAACAAGUUCCACUUUGGUCAACCAAGGAUGUGAUGGAGUGGGUGAAGCAGAUUGGAUUUGAAGAGUUGGCUUCUAACUUUGUUGAUAGUCGAGUUGAUGGAGAUUUGCUGCUUCAGUUAACCGAGGACAAUUUGAAGGAAGAUAUCGGUUUGAUAAAUGGAAUCAGAAGAAGGAGGUUCACGAGGGAACUUCAGAAUCUGAAGAAGAUGGCUGAUUAUAGUAGUAGAGACACUGGGAAUCUCAACAGCUUUUUGCAGACGAUUGGACAAGAGUUUUCGAUCUAUACUUACAGUAUGCUGAAUGCGGGAGUGGACAAGGAUUCGAUCAAAAAUUUGACUGAUGAUCAGUUGAUAAUUGAGUGCGGAAUCGGAAAUAGUAUACACAGGUUGCGGAUAUUGGAUUCGAUUAAGAACAUGCAGCACAAUCAAUUUAGUUCCUGUGAGAGCGAGAGUCCGGACAAGUCCUUGGACGUCUUUGUUAGUUAUCGAAGAUCGAAUGGGUCGCAGUUGGCGAGUCUUCUGAAGGUUCAUCUGCAGUUGAGGGGUUUCUCCGUUUUUAUUGAUGUGGAGCGGCUCGAGGCGGGGAAAUUUGACAAUAAUCUUCUCCAGAGCAUCAGACAGGCUAAACACUUUCUUUUGGUUCUUACCCCGGAGGCACUUGAGAGGUGUAUCCAGGACACAGAGUGCAAGGACUGGGUUCACAGGGAAAUUGUGGCUGCCCUGCAAUCACAGUGCAACAUCAUUCCGAUUAUAGACAACUUCCAAUGGCCAGAACCUGAAAAAUUGCCCGAAGAUAUGAGGGCUGUUUGUCAUUUCAAUGGCGUGCGGUGGAUUCACGAUUAUCAAGAUGCUUGCGUAGAUAAAUUAGAGAGGUUUAUGCGAGGUGAAAUCCCUGUUCGGUCUGAAUUGUCCGGUGGCCUGCCAAGGAGUAUAGGUUCGAAAGAUAUGCCAACGCCCGGAACCCCAGGAAGUACAAAUAUGCGGCAUCCACCCAGCUAUCAGCGUAUGCACAGUAAUGAAAGCAGAGGAAGCGAUAAGGAAUCCAGGCUUCGAAAGUCAUCCAGUCCGUCCGGUCGGUUGAUGAGUCUUCCACCAUCCGCUCGAGUCAAGUUUAUUCACACUCAUCCUGGAGGAAAUCCAAUGCCUCGUCGUCCACCACGUCAUCCCUCUUCGCCAUCAAAUCGUUCUCGAUCUCUAGAACUAUUGGAUCCAAACGAGAAAAAGACUGUCUUGUCCAUUGCAGCAGAACCGGUCCCACUUCCAAGACCAAGAUCCAGGAGCCUGGACGGUUUGCUCGACGAGGACGGCAUAAUCACAGAUCUGAAGAACGAGGAAUCAACCACGGACACUUCUUCAAUCGAAAAUGCUUCUAAAAAAUCUCGAUCUCAGAGUCUGAAUGGACUUCCAGAGAGCGUGAAGAAUCAACUAAAUGAUUCCAUCGUACCGAUUGACAAAACCGAUCCGGUGAAAACCGGAAAUUCCGAAACGAACUCGAACAAUUCCGAUCCUCAACCUCUUCCUCGAAACAAAAGAGCACCCAGUGUGGAAAUGAAAGCGGUUCAAACAGAAGUUGCGAAGAUAGCAAAGUUAGAAGAUAUGAGGAUAUCUUCGUCUUCUGAAGAAGGUGGUGAGAAGGAAGAAAAUGUAUUAGAUUCAGACAAAAUCCAACCAGAAAUUAGGAUAAGAUUCGAAGAACCGAAAAGUGAAAGUCAAGAAAGAGAGAGUCAAAGGGAAGAUUUGAAGAAUCUAAAUGAUGAAUCGGAAAAUCAAAAGGACCAAGAUCUGGGCCAAGAAAGGUUGUCAUCGACAGAAAAUGAGAAAUCGACUUUGUUGAAAGCCAAAAGCUGUGGUGCGGGGUUAGAUUCCGACGACAGUUAUUCGUCAGAGUACAAGCCUGUAAUUAAGGGACAGGGCUCCUUAUUGUCGCUGCCUGCUGGAGCAGAGCCGAAAAGAAAGAGAAAUUUUAUGGACAAGUGUGUGAAUAAGGUGCGGUCCUUUAUCAAGAAAUAAUAAUGACUACUGAGAUUGCAAGGAUUCGGUGUGACCUUGAAUUUGUGGUGAUAAAGACUCGUUAUUUAAUUUUUUACCCUACGAUUAGACGACGUUCGCAAUCGAGACAAAUAUUUUAAACUAUAGUUCCGUGAAUAUACGUAACGAAGAAAAAAUUGGAAUCGAGAACCGAUUCAAAAUGCGAAGAAGAAUUCGAUUAUUACUAUCAUCAUUGUGCCUGAUGUAACAAAAUGUCUUCAAACGAAUCUGGAAUCGGAAAAGCCGAAUUAAAUUCCGAACGAGGAUUUCUAUGUAGCCUGCUUUUUCAGGUGUCUUUUUGUAUUUCAUUGUAUCAUAGCUUCAUUUUAGAUUUUAGAUUUAAAUAUCGUCAGGGAUUGUAUCCUUUUGUUAUGGCAUUCUAAGUAUUUUUAUUUUUAUCAUUGUUGAGCGAAAACGAAGAUUUUCAAUGCAGCUAACCCAUCAGUCACUUUUUUCAUUCGUUUAAGUAACCUCUGUUUUAGGUAUCUUAUUUUAUUAUUAUUAUUAUUUAACGGUAUUGUAUUUUCUCAUCGUCGAAGUUUAUGUUCGUAACUAUUUAUCAAACAAUAAACCAAUCAAUGCUUCACAGU